UAUCUCUGCUCCUAUUUCUCAUUUGAUCCAUGCUUUGAGCGCAGUACCAUUCGAUCUACAAAAGUUGCCGCUGAUGUCACAUCACUACUCAAGAAAUUUGGUUUUCUGAGUAACUGCCCACCAAUCUCUGAUCUGCCUUUUGCUGCUGAACUGCUUCCCAAGUGCAGUCCACCUAGUAACAAAUUCCAAACACUUCCAAUCUAACUUCUAUCCCCUCCACAGCACUGAAACUGCAUUUGACACAGUCUCUCAUGCUGUUAAGGUUUGUAUGGAUUUACUAUAUUUAUUUGUCCUUAUUUUAUCACCCCUAUUAAUUCUGAUUCAUGUAUGCUUCAUUUCUGAUUAUGUGUGUUAUAUUUAGGAUUUCAUGGAUUAUGGCAAGCAAUCCUGAGUUUGAGAAAAAGGUGCUAUAUAAAUAAAUAAAUGCUAUUCUUAUUUUUAAUUCAUUCAUCUUCCUUAACUACUUUAUCCUGGUCAGGGUUGUGGUGGAUUUGGAGCCUAUCCUAGAAACACUGGGCGCAAGGCAAGAGAAUUCACGCCAGUGCAUCACAGCAUAACAUGCACACACAUUCGUAAUUUACCGUAGGCAAGCCACCUAUCUGCAUGUUUUUGGGUGGUGAGAGGAAAUCAGAGGACCUGGAGAAAACCCACGUGGAGAGCAUGCAAAACUUCACACAGACAGCAGCCCAAGCUCGAACCAGGGACCCUGGAGCUGUGUGGCAGCAACACUUACCACUGCGCCACCUUAUUUAUUUGUUUAUGUGUGUAUUUAUGUAUUUAUAUUUUUAUUUUAAACUUAUUUAUUUUACUAUAACUUAUUUUUUAUUAAUGUGGUAUGGGGACACACAUGAGCAAACAUAGUAAAUUUUAUAGCCGAGCUUUAAAUGUGUGUUGUGUUGAAAUUGCCAUUAAAAAAUUAAAAUGGCAAAAUAUUAAGGACAAUUAGUAUAUCACUUAAAGAGAUGUGAAUGGUAUGGUAUAUAUCGUUGAUGUUUACAGUGACUGGUGAGACACUGAAGUUCCUAUUUAGUUCUCUUGACCGACUAUGUGACAGAAGAAAGCCUUUUUUCCUAUAACCACAAACGGAAGUGCUAGGAGCUAUAUGCUACUGUGACUGGAACUGGGAUCUGUGGUGAGAUGAGAUAACAACAGAGCUUUGUGAAGCAAACAAAUAUAUAGAUAUCUGUGGGUUUACACACACUGUUUAUAUGGUGGAAGAUUUUUAGAAUAUACAUAUACACAUAAGCGCACUGUGUAAUGCGCAUAUAUAUCAAUACACAAUUAAAAACAAGCACAACUGCAUGGAGUCUGCUAUACAGACAUGAACUCAUACUUAACCAAUAAAAACACACGAACACUUUACUUAUCACAUAUCAAUACCUACUUGACUUGACAUGCUGUAUUAUUUAUGAAGAUAGAAAAAGAGAGAGAAAACUAGAGGAAGCAUGCUUUCAUGCAGGUAGACAGAAAGUAGGCUUUACCACUAAAUGACAUAAAUAAUAUCAACUAUUACUCACUGUACACUAUAAUUUUACUAAGUAAUGUGACUUUUUUAAGAGUAUAUUCAUAAUUUCUCAUUCGGUUGUUGAAACCCACCAGAUUAUUGUUGAUUAUUGACAGCAUUAAUGGCAUUGCCACUGCAGUAAUCAAGUGAAGACAAACUCCUAACUCAUUUCUGUAACUAAUGAAUAUUUGGCAUUAGUGAGAUGAGCAUAUUUUCUGUAGUUGUUGUUUACUUUGACCAGUAAAUGAGUCUGAAUCAGCCUACACACUCUGGCAAAUCCCCAGUGCUUCUUAUGGCUCUUUAUGCAAAUGAAGGUAGCAGUUGAUGUGCUGUUUGUAUGCCAAAAGUUAUAAGUACAUAUAACCAAAGUUAAGAGAACCUACCCAGUGAAGCUAAAACAUGUGAUUAUAUCAUCAUCUUGGAGCAAGAGUGAAUUCUGAACGUUGACUGAACUUUUAAGAAUUAGUCAAUCUCCAUUGGUAGUAUGGGAUGUUUGAGUUCUAGGGAAAAGGGUGGUGGUGUGGAACAAAGGCCAAAACCCCAACCCCCAGAAGUCAAAAGAUACGCCACAGACCGAACUCAGAAUUCAUCAUCACUGUUGCCUGGGCAGGUUCUGCAGAAUGGGGAUGCUGUAUCCACAGACAGCAAGAUUGUGAUUGCAUUAUUCUCAUACGAAGCCGAGAAUAAGAAUGAGCUAAGUUUCAAAAAAGGAGAGAAGCUCGUAAUAUUGGAUGAGAAUGGCGAGUGGUGGAAAGCAAAGUCACUUUCCUCUAGCAAAGUAGGAUUAAUACCUUCCAAUUACAUAAAGCUAGAAGAGAGCAUGGACAACAAAGACUGGUACUUUAAGAACAUCAGUAGAAUAGCAGCUGAGAGAGACCUACUGGCUCCUGCCAAUAAACCAGGUGCCUUCCUCAUACGCCAGAGUGAGACAACCGCAGGAAGUUAUUCCAUGUCAGUGAGAGACGUGGGUCCUAAUGGCUCAGCUGUGGUAAAGCAUUAUAAGAUUCGCCUAUUGGAAGAUGGAGGAUUUUACAUCUCUCCAAGAAUCACCUUCAAAACAUUAGAUGACCUCAUUGCGUACUAUCAGAAGCAGGCCAGUGGUUUAUGUCAGCGAUUAGGCAAACCAUGUGUAAAACCUAAAAAUGCAGUCCAGUGGGAUGAAGAUGCUUGGGAAAUUGCCAAAGAAUCUCUUCAUAUGAUGAAGAGGCUUGGAGCUGGUCAGUUUGGUGAGGUCUGGUUAGCAACAUAUAACAACACUACUAAAGUAGCAGUGAAGACCCUGAAGCCAGGCAGCAUGUCAGUUGAAGCAUUUCUGCAGGAGGCUAAUUUGAUGAAAACUCUACGGCAUGACCGCCUUGUCCGCCUUUACGCCGUGGUCACCAAAUCACAGCCCCUCUACAUCAUCACUGAAUUCAUGGCUAAUGGGAGCUUGUUGGACUUUCUGAAAAGUCCACCAGGCAGAAAAAUACGGCUGCCUAAACUGAUUGACUUUGGAGCUCAAAUUGCAGAAGGCAUGGCGUACAUCGAAAAGAAGAACUACAUUCACAGAGACUUAAGAGCUGCAAACGUCCUCGUCAGUGAAAGCCUGCUCUGCAAGAUUGCUGACUUUGGCCUGGCUAGGGUCAUUGAGGACAAUGAAUAUUCAGCCAGAGAAGGUGCUAAAUUCCCCAUUAAGUGGACUGCACCAGAAGCUAUAAACUAUGGUUCGUUCACUAUCAAAUCAGAUAUGUGGUCAUUUGGCAUCCUUCUCUAUGAGAUCGUCACCUAUGGGAAAAUCCCCUACACAGGUCUAAGCAACAGUGAAGUGAUGGCACGAGUGCAGCGCGGGUAUCGCAUGCAGUGUCCUGAUAACUGCCCAUCUGAACUGUACGAGAUCAUGAUUUCAUGCUGGAAGGCCAAACCAGAGGAGCGGCCCACCUUUGACUACAUGCAGAGUGUGCUGGAGGACUAUUAUACAGCCACAGAGGGCCAGUACCAGAGCCAGCCAUGAUACCAUGCCAGAUCCAAAACAGCCAAGAACAUCAUAUAGAAUUUCAUUUUUUAAUAAACAUGAUUGCCUCGACGCCCAGUGAGCAGGCUGAGGGCAAGUUUGCCAAGGAAACACUCCCUAGAAUUGCACAAAGAAAGAAGAAACCUUGAAACAAAGAAAUAAGGAACUAAGAUUCAGCAGGUGGAGCCUGUCCUCCUCUGUGCUGAAGGAAGGCUGGUUGAUCUCAUUAAAUGGACCCAAUGCACAUCAGUCAGCAAACAAGGAAGAAAAAUAACUCAUUUUUUGGCUUUUUUUUUUUUUCAGGUUUGUUAGUGAUCAACAUUAAAAUUUGUGUGAGAAAGCUAAAUGUAGAUCAGUCCACCAACAGACGUUACUACUAGGAAAACCACGAAAAUGUUCAAACAAAACUGCUCACAGCUCAGUCCAGUGUACAGAUGUGAUCCAGUUUAAAACACUCUCUGGCCGCUUUAAAAGGAAUACCAGUACCUCUCCCAGUUAUCCAAUCAGCUAAUUAUAUGGCAGCAGCGCAUUAUACAAAUUGAGGUCCAGAUCAAGAGCUUCAGUUAAUGUUUACAUUAAAUAUUUUAUUCGUGGAAACCAUGAUCUCAUUGACUUUGAUCAUGGCCUGGUUGUUGGUGCCAGACAGGCUGGUCACAUGUUCAGGCAGAUGGGCUCUAACAGAUGAUCACAUUUUUUUCCCCUGUCAAAUAGGAAUCUGAGGCUACAGUGGGCACAGACUCGCCAAAACUGGACAGGUUAAGAUUGGAAAAACAUUGCCAUUGUCUUUUUCCAGUCUUCAGCAAUCUGCCUCAUGAGACACACAUUGUGCAUUCGGAGAUGCUUUUCUGCUCACCAUGGUUGCAAACAGUGGUUAUUUGAGAUACUGUAGCCUUCCUGUCAGCAGAAGAGAGCCUGGCCAUUCUCCUCUGAAGGCAUUUCUGCCCUAUGUACAGAUGCACCACAAAGUGGCUAGUGAAUGUAGUCUGGAAAAGGAUUGUGCUCCAAAUGGUGGUUACUAUUAACUUCUGAAAAUAAGUUAACACCAAAAUGUGUCCACAAUGGUGUACAAGUGGAGACCAUUUGAAGCAAUGAUGUUACAUUUUACAGCCCAGAAUUAGUAACCCAACCACCUUAUGUUAUACUAUUGUAGGAAUUUAUAUGAACCUUUUCAGUGCUCACAAUUUUACUCUCAGAAUACAAGAUU